UGGGUGCGUCAGAGGCGGUGUCAGGGGAGGUGGUGGCUCCAGAGAUGGCAGUGAGCGAGAGGAGGGGUCUCGCCCGCCGGAGCCCCGCGGAGUGGGGGCAGCCGCUACUGCUGCUCUUGCUCUUGGGCGGCUGCUCUGGGCGCAUCCACCGGCUGGCGCUGACGGGGGAGAAGCGAGCAGACAUCCCGCUGAACAGCUUCGGCUUCUACGCCAAUGGCUCCCUGGAGGUGGACCUGAGCCUCUUGCGGCUGGGCCUCCAGGAGACAGAAGAGAAGGACCCGCUGGUGGGGUUCAGUCUGACUCGGGUUCGAUCUGGCAGCGUUCGAUCCUACUCAACCCGGAACCCCCAUGACUGUCCUCUCCAGAAAAACAGCAGCAACCUGCUAGUUCUCUUCCUCAUCAACACCAAGGAUCUGCGGGUACAGGUGCGGAAGUAUGGGGAGCAGAAGAAGCUGUUCAUCUCUCCUGGGCUCCUCCCUGAAGUGCCCUCCGAACCAGUCACCCCCAAAGUGGACAGCGGGACCACCGCUGCGCCUGACAAGGCCAAGUCAAAACCCACAGUGUCUCAGGGGGACCAGCAGGGCCUCAGUGGGAAGGACAAGGAACUGGUCCUGGGUCUUGGGCAUCUCAACAAUUCCUACAACUUCAGUUUCCACGUGGUCAUCGGCUCUCGGGCCGAGGAAGGCCAGUACAACCUCAACUUCCACAACUGCUACAACUCAAAGCCGGGCCGGGAGCAGCCCUUCGACAUCACGGUCACGAUCCGGGAGAAGAACCCCGAGGGCUUCCUGUCAGCGGCGGAAAUCCCCCUCUUCAAGCUGUACAUGGUCAUGUCUGCCUUCUUCCUGGCCGCUGGCAUCUUCUGGGUGUCCGUCCUCUGCAAGAACCCGUACAACGUCUUCAAGAUCCACUGGCUUAUGGCAGCCCUAGCUUUCACCAAGAGCGUCUCCCUUCUCUUCCACAGUAUCAACUACUACUUCAUCAACAGCCAGGGCCACCCCAUUGAAGGCCUCGCUGUCAUGCACUACAUCACGCACCUGCUAAAGGGCGCCCUCCUCUUCAUCACCAUCGCCUUGAUCGGCUCUGGCUGGGCCUUUGUCAAGUACGUCCUGUCAGACAAGGAGAAGAAGAUCUUUGGGAUCGUGAUUCCACUGCAGGUCCUGGCCAACGUGGCCUACAUCGUCAUCGAGUCCCGUGAGGAGGGUGCCAGUGACUACAUGCUCUGGAAGGAGAUCCUCUUCCUGGUGGAUCUCAUUUGCUGUGGUGCCAUCCUCUUUCCUGUGGUCUGGUCCAUCCGGCAUCUCCAGGACGCGUCUGGCACAGAUGGCAAGGGUGAGGCCCUGGUCCCCGGACAGCUGUGCCCUCGGCCCCUGUCCCGCUUCCAGGCCCCUCUUUCUGAUCUCUGGAUGUCCCUUCCCUCCCCACCGGCUGCCCCUGCUUCGUGUCCUCUGAAAGGCCUCCCCUCCAGACUUCCUGCCCCUUGGAUACUCCCCCCAAACGGCCCUCCUGCAUUCCUCUCCCCUCCCCUCCCCUCGCCCGCCCGCGCACACCCGGCAGUGGCAGUGAACCUGGCCAAGCUGAAGCUGUUUCGCCAUUACUACAUCAUGGUCAUCUGCUACGUGUACUUCACGCGGGUCAUCGCCAUCCUGCUGCAGGUGGCCGUGCCGUUCCAGUGGCAGUGGCUGUACCAGCUCUUGGUGGAGGGGUCCACCCUGGCCUUCUUCGUGCUCACCGGCUACAAGUUCCAGCCGGCAGGCGACAACCCGUACCUGCAGCUGCCCCAGGAGGACGAGGAGGACAUGCAGAUGGAGCAGAUAAUGACUGAUUCUGGGUUCCGGGAAGGCCUAUCCAAAGUCAACAAGACAGCCGGCGGCCGGGAGCUUCUGUGAUCAGCCCCCAGUGUCUGGACCGGUCCUCCCUCCCUCACCUCCCGCCUCCGCCCUCCGCACACAUUCCUCACCCUCCAGCCCCGCUCCCAAGGCACGUGCGGUGGGGGAGAAGGGCGGCGCGGUGGGCACCCUGCUCUCCGGGCCCGGAGGCCCAGGAGCCCAUUCCGAAGAGAGCUCCCUUGUCUCCUCCCCCCCCCCCCCCCCGGGGCAGCCCUGGCCCUGCCCCAGAGCCACCCACCGCUCACAACUGUGCAAUAAUGACCGACCUGUUUUGCUACCCUG